AUGCCCCCAAAGAAAGCGGCUCCGAAAAAGUUACAUGAAUUGGCACCGGAAGUUCGUGUUGGGUUAAAAAUCGACGAUAUCAGCAAGAAAACGUACAUUGUCGGAAAACAAUUCGCUACUGGAGGAUUCGGAAGGAUUCACACAUGCACAGAAGAUGGGAAAUCGCAGCAAAUGGUCAUGAAAAUUGAACCAUCGACGAACGGGCCGCUCCUCACAGAAGUCGUCGUUUUCAAUCGAAUUUUGAAAAAGGAUAUGAUAGAAAACUAUAAGAAAGCGAAAAAAAUUCAAUGGAUCGGGCUCCCUCAUUUGAUUGCAAAUGGUUAUUUCACUUACAACAACGAAAAAAUGCGAUACAUGAUCAUUCCAAAAUAUGCGACAUCUCUUGAAGCUGUCAGAGAGGCAAAUGGUGGAUCCUUGUCAGCUAAAGACUCGCUCACAGUUGCUGAUUGUGUUCUCGGAGCAUUAGAGUAUUUGCACGAUUCGGACUAUGCUCAUGCGGAUGUGAAAGCUGCGAACAUUCUUCUGGAGAAACCGAAUGAUUUCUCUUCGGCAGUUCUCGUCGACUUCGGUUUGGCUCAUCGGACAACCAAUAAUGUCGAUAAACCAGACAAGAAACGCGCUCACAACGGGACAUGCAUUUUCACUUCAACUGAUGCUCAUCGGGGGAAUAAUCCAUCGUUUCGCGGAGAUGUCGAGAUUCUCGCGUAUAAUUUGAUUAUGUGGAUUUCCGGCUCACUCCCAUGGCUUUCACUCGAGGCAUCCCCCGAUAAGGUUUUCGAGGCGAAGCAGAAAUUCGUUGGCGGGUUGCCAGGAACCUUGCAAAGCAUACUCACGAAUCAACCGGCACCCGUUGCUGGCUGUAUAACCACCAUGUUCGACGUUUCGAGGAAAACCGACUACACGCACAAAGUUGAUAUGGCAAAAUUGAGGAAGAAAGUAACAGAAGCCGCGCAAUCAGCCUCAACAGGAGCUCAAAAGAAGCCUAAAAUGACACCAUCAAGGGAUACAACAGCCACUCCAAAGAGAAAAUCUCAAAGAGCUCCAAGAGUCGAAAGUGAAGAUGAAGAGGAAGAAGAAAAGAAAGAGGUCGAAAUUAAACCGAAAAAGAAAGUGCAGAGAUCUCGGAAAGUUGUAGAGGAUGAUGAUGAGGAAGAAGAAGUUAUAAUUCCAAAGUCUACCAGAAGCCGUAAAACAAAAGAAGAGGGAACACCUCGAAGUUUCAAUCUCGGUAUGACCUCUUCAACAGCAACAAGUGAUAGAGUCGCUAAAAAAAUUGAAAUGAAAUAUAAAAGAUUGGCUACCAACAAACCGUCACUUGUUCCCGUCACAGUGGCUGAUGCCUCUUCUUGUGAAUCUCAAUACGAAUCUAAUGAACCUGGUCCUUCGUCUCGUGUAGUAAAGAAGCGAACUUCAGAAGAAAGAGAUGCGAAUGGAGAAGUCCAAUUGAAAACUCCUGCACUCGUUUCUCCAGAUGUCAAAAAAACAAAAUACAAAAGUGGCAUCUCUUCAGCUACUAAAGCUAGUCCGACCGAACUGAGAAGAGUUCCAGGCGUGAGAAACUUCCCGAAAGGCAGAAGAUCUAUGAUUAUCAAAGAGACCUCCGCUAGGUAUCAAGAAAAACGUGCAACUCGAAACACGAAACCAACGUUCGAUGAUUCAAGCUGCUCUUCCGAAGUCUAA